UCAUCACACUGUCUCAGCGCUGCUAUAUUUAAGACAGUGCGAGGCUCCAAGAUCACAUUCUUCACCCGUCCUCUCUGAGCAGAGGACAGGAAGAGACCAGGGACCUUCUUACUGUCCUGGAGACAUCUGAGUGGACACUGCUACUUUUGUUGCUGCCCUCGCAGCCAUGACUCUGCCCCACAGUCCCGGAAGCGCCGGGGAGUCCCGAGCCUCCCAGGCUGUGCAGGUCCACAGGCUGGAACACAGGCAGGAGGAGGAACAGAAGGAGGAGAGACAACACAGCCUACACAUGGGUUCUUCUGUGCAGCGGCGGACCUACCACAGCAGUGAGGAGCAACAGCAGUUCAGCUCUGCAGAUUAUGCCCUGGCGGCUGCCCUGGCCCUGACAGCCUCCUCAGAGUUGUCCUGGGAAGCUAAGCUGAGGCGCCAGACCGCCACAGUGGAGCUGGAGGAGCGUGGACAGAAACGGGUGGGCUUUGGCAAUGACUUGGAGCGGAUGGAGAUGGCCUUCCUCCGGACCCAGAGGCUACUGCGCCAGAGGCGCGACUGGAAGGCCUUACGACAACGGACUGAGGAGAAGGUGCGGGAGGCCAAGGAACUGAUCGAGCUGUGCUCUGGCCGGGGCCCCUGGUUCUGGAUCCCACUCCGCUCGCACGCCGUCUGGGAGCACACCACGGUGCUGCUGACCUGCACCGUCCAGGGCUCGCCUCCAUUCCAGGUCUCCUGGGCCAGCCCAGUGUACUCCCAGGCCCCAGGAAAGGACGGCACUGAAGGUUCCCUGGAUGUCGCCAGCUGGUACAAGAAUGACAUCCGGAUCGAUCCCCGCCUCUUUCCAGCCGGCAAGUACCGAAUCACCAACAACUAUGGGCUGCUGACCCUGGAGAUCAGGAGAUGUAUGACUGAGGACUCGGGCACCUACACUGUGUUGGUGAGGAAUGCCUACGGCCAGGCCUCUUCCUUCGCCAAAGUCCUCAUCCGCUCUUACCUGGAGAAAGACGCUGGGUUCGAUUCAGAGAUCUUUAAACGAUCUAUGUUUGGCCCCAGCGUGGAAUUUACAUCGGUGUUGAAGCCAAUCUUUGUCCGAGAGAAAGAGCCCUUCUCCCUGACUUGUUUGUUCUCAGACGAUGUGUUAGAAGCUGAGCAGAGAAUCCAGUGGUUCAGAGACGGCAAGCUACUGAGGUCUUCAACACGCAGGCAGAUACUCUACGCAGACCGCCAGGCGACUGUGAAGGUGUCCUGUGCCUACAAGGAGGACGAGGGGCUCCACACAAUCCGGGUUUCCUCCCCCUUUGGGCCGCAGGAGCAGAGUGCUUAUGUCUUUAUAAGAGAUGCUGCAGCUGAGAAGCCAGGAGCCCCAGGUUCCCCGUUAAAUAUCCAGUGCCUGAAUGUGCAUAGAGACUGCCUGACCCUGACCUGGACCCCACCCAGCAACACCCGGGGUAGCGUCAUCACUGGCUACUCCAUUGAGCUAUGCCAGGGUGAUUCGGAGGAAUGGGUGACCUGCCAUAUGGCCCCUGGGGGAACGUGUCGGUGCCCCAUCCAAGGCCUCACUGAAGGGCAGAGGUAUCGAUUCCGCGUGCGUGCCAUCAGCAAGGCCGGCAGCAGCCUGCCUUCCAAAGCCUCAGAAGCAGUUGUCAUGGGUGACCAUGAUGCGGUCCAGAGGAAGACAGAGAUUCCCUUUGACCUGGGCAGCAAGAUCACCAUCAGCAAGAAUGAUUUCGAAGACGCUGUGACCAUUCCCUCAGCCCCAACCAAUGUCCACGCCAGUGAAAUCAGAGAGGCCUAUGCAGUUCUGAGCUGGGAGGAGCCUCGCCCCCGAGGUCGAGCCCCACUGACUUACUCCCUGGAAAAGUCCAUCAUAGGUAGUGGAACCUGGGAGGCCAUCAACUCAGAAACACCCAUCAAGUCCCCAAGAUUUGCCCUCCUGGACUUGGAGAAAGGAAAAUCGUAUGUCUUCAGGGUGCGAGCCUUGAACCAGCAUGGCAUGAGCGAUCCCUCUGAGCCCAGCGAGCCCAUUGCCCUGAAGAGCAAGCCAGCAACUCUCCCUCCACCAGCUCAAGUUCAAGCUUUCAGAGACACGCAGACCUCUGUGUCCCUUACCUGGGAGCCUGUGGAGGGUGGCGCAGAACUCCUGGGUUAUUACAUCUACUCCCGGGAAGCAGGAGCAUCAGAGUGGCACACGGUGAACAACAAGCCCACCCUGGACACCAGGUUUGAGGUUCCAGGGCUGAGGACUGGGAAGGAGUAUGAAUUUUGCAUCAGGUCGGUCAGCGAGGCUGGAGUUGGCGAGAGCUCAGCUGCGACACAGCCCAUCAGGGUCAAGCAGGCUCUGGCUCCCCCAUCCGCCCCCUAUGACUUUGCACUCCUAUCCUGUGGAAAGAAUGAAAUGGUCAUUGGCUGGAAACCCCCCAAACGGCGUGGAGGUGGCAAGAUCCUGGGCUACUUCCUGGACCAGCAUGAUUCGGAGGAGGCAGACUGGCACCCAGCCAACCAUCAACCCUUCCCCAGCCGGGUGUACAAGGUCAUCAACCUUCGAGAAGGCCAUUUCUAUGAAUUCCGAGCCCGGGCAGUGAACUGGGCAGGUAUUGGCGAGCUGUCGGCACCCAGCGGCCUGUUUGAGUGCAAAGAAUGGACAAUGCCCGAGCCAGGCCCCCCAUAUGACGUGAGGGUCUCUGAGGUGCGGGCCACCUCCCUGAUGUUGCAGUGGGAGCCCCCACUCUAUAUAGGAGCUGGGCCAGUCACAGGCUACCGUGUCAGCUUCCAGGAGAAAGGCUCUGAGGAGUGGAAGCCUGUCACCUCAGACGUCACCUCUGGUACCCACCUCAGGGUAUCUGACUUGCAGCCAGGAAAGCAAUACAUGUUGAGAGUCCAGGCCAUGAACUCAGCCGGUCUAGGACAGCCAUCAGUACCCACCGACCCUGUGCUCCUGGAAGACAAGCCAGAUGCACAGGAGAUCAAAGUUGGUGUGGAUGAAGAGGGCCGCAUCUACUUGGCUUUCGAAGCCCCUGAAGCCCCUGACUUCUCUGAGUUUCAGUGGUCAAAGGAUUACAAGGGUCCACCCGACCCACAGAGGGUGGAGGUGGAGGAUGAAAUUAACAAGUCCAAGGUCAUCUUGAAAGACCCUGGCCUUCAAGACUUGGGUAUCUACUCGGUGGUGGUCACUGAUGCUGAUGAAGACACCUCUGCAAGCCACACGCUGACAGAGGAAGAGCUGAACAGGCUGAAGAAGUUGAGUCAUGAGAUCAGAAACCCAGUCAUCAAGCUGAUCUCUGGCUGGAACGUGGACAUCCUCGAGCAAGGAGAAGUGCGGCUCUGGCUGGAGGUGGAGAAGUUGUCACCAGCGGCAGAGUUGCAUCUCAUCUUCAACGAGAAAGAGAUCUUCAGCUCACCGAACCGCAAGAUCAAUUUUGUCCGAGAGAAGGGCCUCGUGGAGGUGAUCAUCCAGCAGCUGUCCGAGGAUGACAAGGGGUCAUACACCGCCCAGCUCCAAGAUGGAAAAGCCAAGAACCAGAUCACCCUCGCCCUGGUGGAUGACGAUUUUGACAAGCUUCUAAGGAAGGCAGACGCAACCAGAAGAGACUGGAAGAGAAAGCAGGGUCCCUAUUUCCAGGAGCCCUUGAAGUGGAAAGUCACAGAGGACUGCCAAGUGCUUCUGACAUGCAAGGUGACCAACACCAAAAAGGAGACUCGCUUUCAGUGGCUCUUCCAGAAGAAAGAGGCUCCCAGUGGGCAGUACGACCCGCAGACGGGAGCCGGGCUGCUCUGCAUCGACUCGUUCUCCAAAGAAGACCAGGGAAUCUACAGAGCAGUGGUUUCUGAUGACAGAGGGGAAGACGACACCAUCCUGGACCUCACAGGUGAAGGCCUGGAUGCUGUCCUCACUGAGCUGGGCAGGAUUGGUGCUCUCUCGGCAACCCCACUGAAAAUCCAGGGGACUGAAGAGGGGAUCCGGCUCUUCAGCAAGGUCAAAUACUACCAUGUGGAGUACAUGAAGACUGCUUGGUUCCACAAAGACAAACGUCUGGAGAGUGGCGACCGGGUAAGAGCGGGUACCACCCUGGAUGAGAUCUGGCUCCACAUCCUGGACCCCAAGGACUCAGAUAAGGGCAAAUACACCCUGGAGAUAACUGCUGGGAAGGAGGUCCGGCAGCUCUCGGCAGAUCUGUCUGGGCAAGCUUUUGAUGAUGCCCUGGCAGAGCACCAGAGACUGAAGGCCUUGGCAAUCAUUGAGAAGAAUCGAGCCAAGGUGGUGAGAGGCCUGCCAGAUGUGGCCACCAUCAUGGAAGAUAAGACCCUGUGCCUAACCUGCGUCAUCUCAGGAGACCCAUCCCCUGAAAUCUCUUGGCUAAAGAAUGACCAGCCUGUCUCCUUCCUUGACCGAUACCACAUGGAGGUGAAGGGUAAUGAGGUCACCAUCACCAUUGAAAAGGUCACCAGUGAAGACAGUGGGCGCUACGGAAUCUUUGUCAAGAACAAGUAUGGCUCAGAAACAGGCCAGGUCACCAUCAGCGUGUUUAAACACGGGGAGGAGCCCAAGGAGCUGAAGAAGAUGUAAUUGAAAUGUCCAGGGACAGCCUGAGAUCCACACUACAUGGGCCAGCAGUCCAGCCAAUGGGUCACAACUUAGCACAGGCUAUGGGGGUGGGACAGCGGAAGGGACAAGGACAUAAUUGAGCUGGAUCCAAUAUACCAAAGAAGAGGAGCAAAAGUUUCCUGGAGCUACAAACAUUAAGCACUGACCUUAGAAAUCAGACGCUGGGGUACAGAACUCAGUUUCCACAGAAUCUCUUCACAAGCCUUGCCUUUCUCAUCCAUGAAAUGGGCAUUCCUAGCCAAUCUGAGGGGAUUUGUGAAAAUCCCUUACCAAUCUAUAUCAGUGGGUCAUAGCAGGAAACACCUUUGCUCUGCAGGGGACAGCUGGCAAAACUGACAGUUUGGUUGUCACACUGGAUGUAUUUACUGGUGUUGAGUAGGUUGAGGCUGCAGAGGGUGGUGAGCACUUCUCCCAGGGCACAGAACGUAUAUUUUAGGGUAGCACUUUUGAAGCUCUGUAUGCCCAUCACUUGUUGGAGGAAUAGCAUACAUACAGAAAGCUGAGGACAGCCCUGGAGCUACAAACAUUACGCAGGCCCCACCCGGAAAUGGACUCGGAGUGCAGGUAACUCCAGGGCAAGGCAGGAGAUGGCAAAGAUCACUAAAUGGGUCCAAGUAAAGUAUCUUCAUUGAUCAGAGGAAGUGGGCCAUGGCCCUCGCAGCUGGGAGACACAGGGAUUUACAACACCCUUCCACGUUGGGUGGGGCAAUGUUGGACUCUGAAGGGUGAAUCCAGUUUGGCCAUGGAGAUGGGAGAAGGACACUCAGGAGCAGACCUGGCAGAAGCAAAGGUGAGGACAGGAGAGCGUGUCCCUGCCUAGGUGACCUGGGAUGCCAGGCAAGCAGUUGAUGGCCUCCAGGGCUUCUUCCAACAUAGAGCCUGUACAGCCUGUAGCAGACACUGCGGCUGGCCUUACUCAGUGGAUUUCAGCACACAGCUGGACAUUUCUUUGUCUUCCAAUUUUCCCACUGGAAACAAGGUGUGGGAGGGGUUAUGAAAGCAUAGCUGUUUGCUUGGAAAUUAUAAAGGAGGAAAUAAAAUAACAAACAAA